ACCAUCCCACGCCCUCUUUUGAUGGUCCAAGCUUAUCGGCGAUGCCUCGAAGGAAAGCUUUCCACAUGGCCAAAUUGCAGUCUCUGCUACUCUUCUCCGUCUUCACUCUUCUCUCCUUACCUCCCGGUUUGAUCUGCACAACUUUCACAAUCACCAACAACUGCGGUUACACGGUGUGGCCGGGCGUUCUAUCCAGCGCCGGCACGGCUCCACUCGACACCACCGGCUUCUCUCUUCAUAGCGGAGAGUCGCUUCCUCUUCAAGUCCCCACCUCCUGGUCCGGCCGGCUCUGGGCCCGCACUCACUGUUCCAACGACACCAACACCGGCCUCUUCUCCUGCGCUACAGGCGACUGCGGCUCCGGCAAGACAGACUGUUCCGGCGACGGUGCCUCCCCUCCUGCCACCCUUGCUGAGUUCACACUCGAUGGCGCCGGCGGCAUGGACUUCUUCGAUGUCAGCCUCGUUGAUGGAUACAACCUUCCCAUGCUCAUUUCCCCUGCGGACGCUGGCGGCGGCGGUGGGAAUUGCACGGCGACGGGAUGCGUGGUGGACAUCAAUGAUCGCUGCCCGUCGGAUCUUCGGGUGGUUCUCUCCGAGUCCGACGGAGAGAGCGUGGCGUGCCGGAGCGCCUGUGAGGCGUUUGACAAGCCGGAGUUUUGUUGCAGUGGGGAUUAUGGAAACCCCAACACUUGCAAGCCGUCGUUUUAUUCUCUGAUUUUCAAGAACGCCUGCCCGCGAGCUUACAGCUACGCCUAUGACGACGCGACUUCUACCUUUACUUGCGCCACCGGCGUUAAUUACCUCAUCACCUUCUGCCCCAGCUCUUCUAGCCUGAAGGUACGUACAAACAACCCUAUAGCUACGGGGGUGCCGCUGAUCAACGACACAAUGGUGUUUUUGGGCGCGGUUACCAGCGGUGCGGUGGCCCCUGCGCGGCUAUUUUCUGCGGUGGCAGUGAUCGCCGGGCUUGCCGCGAUUAGGUGGACCUUGCGGCAGGGGCUGCUGUUCUAGACCAAGGAUUCAUCCAAGCGUUUGUUUGUGCGUUUUGUCCCCACUCUCUUCACCCAGAAGCUCCCUCUCUCUCUUCACUUUCCAUGCUUCAGCUGCAGCUGCAGUGGUUGAACGUUCGCCGCGGCGGUGGAAAGUUGGCGGUGGCCGGCAAAGCGAACUCUUUUGCGGAAAGAAACGCGUGGGGAUCUGUCGAGUUUCUUCUCUUGAGUAUUUAUUAUUUUUGUUUCUGUUAAUUUUUCUUUUGCAUCUAAUAUUCAGAAGUAAUGAGAUUAAA